AUGGGUCUCGCGUUCACGAAAAUAUGGCAGCGCUUGAUCGGAAAGCAGGAAAUGCGAAUCCUGAUGGUUGGUCUAGAUGCGGCUGGUAAGACGACCAUCCUGUACAAGCUGAAGCUUGGUGAGGUGGUCACAACGAUCCCUACGAUUGGAUUCAACGUGGAGACCGUGGAGUACAAGAACUUGUCCUUCACAGUUUGGGAUGUCGGGGGCCAGGACAAGAUCCGCCCCCUGUGGCGCCACUACUACCAGGGCACGAAUGGCCUGAUCUACGUCGUUGACAGCAAUGACCGAGACCGCAUUGAAGAUGCCCGUGAGGAGCUCAACAAGAUGUUGAAUGAAGACGAGAUGCGUGAUGCGGUGCUUCUAGUCUUCGCCAACAAGCAGGACCUGCCGAAUGCAAUGACGGCGGCAGAGGUCACCGAGAAGCUUGGGCUGCACAAUCUGCGACAUCGUCAGUGGUUCAUCCAAUCCGCUUGCGCCACCACUGGAGAUGGAUUGUACGAGGGGCUCGACUGGCUCUCACGGACGUUGUCCUCAAAGCGCUGA